CCCUUCCCCACGAAUCCCAUUUUCCCCAAACUUCAUCCUCUGUAAAUUACAAGCCCCCCCGACUCGCAUUUCCCCCAAACCUCAUUCUCUGUAAUUACACACACAACCUCCUCCCCACCCAGCUUUCCCCUUCCUCACGAAUCUGAUUUCCCCUAAAUUUCAUUAUCUGUAAUUACACCAUAACAUCUGCAGCUCAUACAUUUUUUCUUUCACAUGCUUGAGUUCGAGUAUAGAAAUUGAUGUUGCCGGCAGUUGGUGUCGACGACGGUGGUGAUGGAAGCGGCGGUGAGCUCGCUGUAACAGAGACCAAAAUUUCGCCCAAAAUCGGAAGUAGCCAAAAGAUGUACAGAUUAAACCGUCUCAAUUCCCCCAAUCACCUCGCCGCCGCCGCCGCCGUGCUCAGAACGAAUAUCAGUCACUUCUCUCCCGCAUCGACAGCCGGAAUCAGUGAUACCGGCAAUACUUAUGCGAGGAAUAGGGGAAAAAAGCUGACGGAGCUCUCGAGGAGUGUGGUGAUGCUCACUUGCGACUCAUCUGCAGACGGCGGCAUCUGCAAUGUUUACUUGGUCGGAUCCAAUCACGAUUGUCCGAAAUCCUGGGAAGAAGUUAGGGCAGCGGUCCGAUUCUUGAAACCAGAGGUUGUUUUCCUAGAAUUGUGCUCUAAUCGCGAAUAUUUACUUAGGCGUGAAAGAAUCAAGGUUCCGACUAUGAGAGAAAUGGUGGAAAUGUGGAAGAAAAAUUAUAAACUUUCUUGGAUUCUUUACCAUUGGUAUACGACUAAGCGUGGGAGUCGAUUAGAAGUUGAAGAUGAUGGAGAAUUUAUGGCAGCAAAUGAUGAAGCCAAGAAAUAUGGUGCCAAGGUUAUACUUGGGGAUCGACUCAUUGAUAUUACAAACCAGAGAUAUAUUGCCAAGACGUCUAUUUGGCAAUUUCUCACCGUUCAAUUUAAUGAAUGUUCAUUACCAAAUGAUAUUGUGGAGAAGGCGAGCAACGGAAAGUAUAAUGCUCAUGCGGUCCAUCGAUUUAAUCAAGAGUUGGCCAAAAGCUAUCCUAUUUGGGCGGAAAUAUAUAUCCAUGAGCGUGACCUAUAUAUGUCGGCCAAGAUAUUAGAUGUUGCCCGCAAGCAUAAAUCGGUGGUAGCUGUGGUGGGAAAGGCCCAUGUACCAGGAAUCCAGAAGAACUGGAAACAACCUGUUGACGUGGAGCAACUUCUUACCAUCAGUGGGCAAGAUAAUUAGUUCUAUCGCAGGGGUUGCCAUAGUUUACGGCAUUUAUCUCUCCAUCAAGAAUUAGCCCUCUGCAUUCCAUGAGAUCACCUAACUGGGCCAGGAUGAAAUUAAAGCUGCUGCAACAACGACAACUUAAUGUCGUCUUCAAGUUACUUCGGAAAUCAGAGUUGGCAGUUGGAACAAACAAGUCAGUGUUCACAUAUUCUAUACUACGCGGCGCUUUAGUGUUAAGAGUAACGUUGAGGAAUGGAUGCACAUCGGAUUACACUUAAAGAGAUAUCAAUACAUUGAAGUUCACUUGUCAUUGG